CUAACAGGCCAGAUAAUGCACAAUUAUUGAUUUUUAAUAAAUCUAAUUAACGUUUAAUUAAUUCGGACUGAGCCGUUUAAUGAGUCGUUCAGAGGCUGAUGUGUUCACAGGUGAUGAAUGUUGUUGUUUGAGAUUUGUAGGUUCAGUUUGUGAUAAAGUUUAAAGUGUGUUAUUUUUAAAUGGAGUUUGGUGAAACGUGGAAAGUCUCACUUCCUCAUUCACACACACACACACACACACACACACACACACACACACACACACACACACACACACACACACACACACACACACACACACAGCAGCCAUGUGGUGGUUCCAGCAGGGCCUCUGCUUCCUGCCUGCAGCGCUGGUCGUCUGGACGGCGGCGUCCUUCGUCUUCGCUUACAUCACAGCGGUGGUGCUCAGACACGUGGAUCCUCUAGUGCCUUACAUCAGCGACACAGGAACGAUGGCACCAGAGAGGUGUGUGUUCGGCAUCAUGCUGGAUGUGUCGGCCUUUUUAGGCAUAGCCACAGUGUACGUGCGUUACAAACAGGUGGAGGCUCUCACAGACGAGGACGAGCUCAAACUCACCAGACUGAACCGCUUCGGGCUGCUGCUCGGCCUGAUCAGCUCCUUUGGGAUGUGCGUAGUCGCCAACUUCCAGAAGACCACACUGUUCUCCAUGCACCUGGUGGGGGCGAUACUGACCUUCGGAGUCGGGGCUCUGUACAUCCUGGUUCAGACGCUGCUCUCGCUCCGCAUGCAGCCUCGAAUCCACAGCAAGACCACCUUCUUUGUCCGCCUCGGCAUCGGACUCUGGACCCUGUGCAGCAUCAUCAGCAUGUUCAUCUCAUCAGUCAUCAUGUACAGCAGCCUGCCAGGUGUGGACGUACCUCAUAAACUGCACUGGAUUCCUGGAGAGACGGGCUACACGGCUCACAUCAUCAGCACCGUGUCUGAAUGGUCUCUGGCCUUCUCCUUCAUCAGCUUCUUCCUCACCUACAUCAGAGACUUUCAGAAAAUCAACCUGCGAGCUGAAGCGGAUUUGCAGAGCAGCCACCUGUACGACUGGCCACACAACAUCGUUGCAGCGUCACAUCCUCACAAACGUGACGCCUCCGAGUCGUCUCCACUGCUGGCGGGAGGAACGUGACGGGAUCCUACGGGAGCUGCUUUUCCACAGAUAUUUUUCAUGUUUUCUAAUCUAAAUUUUUAAAGAAAAAGACUUUCUUAAAGCUGGCGGCUGUUAAAGGGUCAGUACACCCAAACAUAACCACUCUUCCCUUUGUAUUGGGAUGAAGACUGCAAACUGACUGGAGAGUUUAUACGAAGAGGAAGAUUUUUAUAUUUCGGGAAGUGAACUGACGCUUUGCACUUUGCCCUCAGAUUGCUUCAGUCCUUCUCAGUGACUUGCUGCAGAUCUUUGCAUUUAUGCUCAAUAUAAUAUCAGUCUGUGUUUUCAUUCAGCUGCAUCACAUCAGAUUUUUGUAGAUACUGCUGUUCUUUAACCCUAAAGUUGUUGUGUAGUUUACUGUGAACACACUUUGCUCUCCUUGCUGGUCAGCGGCUGUAAAGCUGUAUUAACUGAUCAGCGCCUCCUGCUGGAGAAUCAGCAGCCUGAUAAAUCUCAGAUUGCACUAAGAGGUGUGCCACCGUGAUAAUUUAAUUAAAUGAAUUGAUAUAAAAGUAUUUCAUUUCUAUUUAAAAAAAACAAAAACAGAUAUACACAAAAUUAAGCAAAUUAAUCUUUCUGUUUCUGAAUUUAGACCUUGACCUGAAGCUUUUAACUAUUCCUUUCACUGACCUUUGUCUGUCUGCCGCUUCAACGUUCAGUGUUAAUGAACUAAAACACUCACAAACUGCACAGAGAGGACUUCUAAAUUAAAAUCAUCCCUGUUCAAUAUGAAGACGUGAACCCACAGAGAGGCUGAUCAGAGCUGCUGCUGUGUGAGCUCAACUGUGACUUUGUUUUUGUUUUUCACAAAUCCAGGGAACUGUUAAUUAUUAAACACUUUAUAAUUCAUCUGUUGACACUGCUGUUUAUUAACUGAGAGAGAACAUAACUAAUAGUAAACAUUAACUUCACACUGUAUUAUUUGUACUGUUCAUGUUAAUUCAAUAAACAUAUUUCUUGUCUGUA